GUAAAAACCGAGAAGAGUCAGGCAGGCAGGCGAGGGAGGAGGGAGGAGGAGGACGGCCCGAGCCAGUUGUUGACAUAUCAGUGGCGGGAUGGCGGUGGUUCCUGCCCGCGCCGUCCUCAUAGUUAGUUUUAAUAUAUUCCGGGUGCUAUGUAGGAAAUACGGACUGUACUUCAUUAUCGGGCUGACCAUCAUAUUGUUCCAAGGCUACUCUGGGUACUACGUGCUGCGCCUUGGGUCAGAUGAGCGGCCCGUGGAGAGGGACUACCUGCACGUCCUGCCCUCAGACGAUAAAUCCCCGGUGGAUGUUGAGAGCAGAGUGUACCAGGUUGACAAGGGUGAUGCUGACAGUCAUAAUAAAGGCCCACCUGACGCCCUGGACAUGAACAGUCAUGAGCUGAGCCGUGAGUGGUUGGGCAUUGACCUUCCGUGUGCCAUCAGAAGUAGGGAGAGUCUGUCUGCCAUCAGAAGAGCCACAACAGACCACUGCAAGGCACUUAUUGCCAAUAUUACUUGCCAUAUUCAGGCUGGUACAUUUUACCCUACAAGACUUCAGAGUUCCUGUCCUACUAAUGGAAAAGUCAGGGGCAAAUACAUGGGAUGUUUUAUGGACAGCAGAGAGAACCGUCUGCUCCGGGGACACGCAGGGCAACUGAAGCGCAACACCCCAAACCUGUGCUGUGACGUGUGCUACCAGAGGGGCUAUAUGUAUGCCGGUGUGGAGUAUGGGAGAGAAUGCUUCUGUGGGAAUGAAGAACUGUCACUCCAGAUGAAAGCGUCUGACCAAAUGUGCAGCAUGGCUUGCACUGGUGACCCCAAACUCAAGUGUGGUGACUACCUCUACAUCAGCAUCUACCAAACAGGACUGGCCAAAUACACACCUGUAGCACUGAAAGUGCCCUCCCCAUACCCAGUUAAUAAAUCUGCAAGAGUUGCAUUCAUUCUUACUGUCAAUGGGCGAGCUAUAAGACAGAUGAGGCGGCUGGUGAAGGCACUCUACCACAAGGACCACUACUUCUUCAUUCAUGUUGACUCUCGGCAAGACUAUCUGUUCCGAGAAGUGCUAAAGCUGGAGGAGCAGUUCAGUAACAUUCGUGUAUCCCAGUACCGGCUCUCCACCAUCUGGGGAGGUGCCUCACUUCUCAGAAUCCUCCUUCACUGCAUGGUUCAGAUCACCAAGAUCAAGGAGUGGAAAUGGGAUUUCAUCAUCAACCUUAGUGAAUCUGAUUAUCCCAUCAAGAAGAAUGAAGAGCUAGUGGCAUUCCUAACCAGCAACAAGGAUCGCAAUUUCCUCAAGUCACAUGGUCAUGACACCAACAAGUUCCUCCAGAAGCAAGGCCUUGACCGCACCUUCCUGGAGUGUGAGAACCACAUGUGGAGGAUUGGGGAACGUCGCCUUCCUCUUGGAGUUCGUGUGGAUGGUGGGAGUGACUGGCUGUGUCUGAACAGAGCUUUUGUUGAGUAUGUGGUGACCAGCCAGAGUCAACUAGUGCAGGGACUCAAGAAAGUAUACUCUUACACAUUGUUACCAGCUGAGUCUUUCUUUCAUACUGUGUUGCGCAACUCGGAAUUCUGCCAAAGCUUCACAGACAACAACCUUCACAUCACCAACUGGAAAAGAAAGUUGGGCUGCAAGUGUCAGUACAAACACAUUGUUGACUGGUGUGGCUGCUCACCAAAUGACUUCACUCCAGGGGAUUGGGGAAAGCUGGAGGCCUCAGUAUCCAGGAAUUUAUUCUUCGCUCGAAAGUUUGAAGCUGUCAUAAGUCAGGCCAUUAUCAACCAAGUGGAUGGGUGGCUCUACACACCCUAUUAUACCUCUACUCCUGGUCUUGAGAGUUACUGGGAGAACCGAUACCACCAUGAUGACACUCCACAAAGUAGCAUGGAUGUGGCCCUCACCCUGUAUCACUCUGGGGCCAGACUUAGCACCCGUGCUGUGGGUCAGCUUGCAACCACGAGUGGUAGCAAUUGUAAGGUGUAUGCUACAUCUGUGCUUGAGGCACAUUCUUAUCAUCUCAGUGAUAUUCUAAAGGGUGUCUUGGUACGAUAUGUGGCAAAAAGCGAUAUGGAAACGACUUUUCAACUUGAGACUUGGAUAUUUCGCCAUAUUAAAUAUGUGCCACCAUUUGAGAAGUCCCAUCAUCGGCUUGUAGAUCUUGAGGUUGGAACAGAUUUUGAUGUGAAAGAGCAAGUUUUCCGCAACUUUGGUGUGCCUCUGGGCCCCAACAGUGAUGUGACUGUGAUGUUGCGGUGGUCUGCUGGAGUAGCUGUCGAGGACCAGGUUGCUGAAGACAACGUACAACAUCCACAGAUUGUGUUGAUGGAUCCCACCUUGACCAUUGCUGCAGAGGAGCUACUCACUUUAGAGCCAGGGGAGCAGGUUUUGUCCUACACCUUCACCCUGCGCAAGCCACUCUUGCCAGGAUCAUGGAUGAUCAAGAUCAUCAUUAGUGGCGCAGUGGUGGCGUCACAUUCAUUCCUAGUCUUACCCAUGCAGUUUGUACAAGGGCAGCAGAUAUCGGUCCAGAAGGCAAGAGAAUUGCACCGAGGGCCAUCUGAGCCAUACACAGAUGAUGACCUCAGUCAUCUCACUGCCCUCUUUGCUCUGAGUCACCCUGGCAAUGUGUCAGCUAAGGAAGUCACAAGCCAUCAUUCUAAUUUGUAUGGACCACAGCUGUCACAAUGGAUAGAUGAACUAGUCAGCAGAUUCUACACAAUCCAAGAUUCCUGCUAUGUGGCUGGCCAGGAUGUCCCAGAGUGUGUUCGCUUCUUGUUAGACUCCUGCUCCCACACUUCCUGGAGCUCUCUGGCACCUGACCCAAAGUCAGAUCUUGGUGAGGUUGAUGACAGAACUGGAAGAAUUUCUGAUCCAUAUCGCAUUGGAAAUAGAGAAUUUUAGAAAACUAUUUUUAUUGAAUGUUAUCAUAGUAACAUAGAAUCAUUUUAACUUCAACCAUAUCAUCCUGAGCUUGGAAGGCAGCUGUAAUGUCUCCAUAUAUUUCAGUGUACCUAAAUCCUGAUUGUCCUUUUUUACCAUAAGAUGCUGGGGCCAGUAGAUACAUGAUCACUAUCUAAAGCUCUGGCCUGUUGCAAAGUGUUGGCUGUGUUAUGUUGAUAUGUAGAAGUGCUUAAAGUCGUAGGAGGAGGUAGGCAAUAUGUGAGAAAUGUGAUACUUCAUUAGAAUAUUUUUAGGAAAUUUUAAUAUAUUCAAUUUAGUACUUGUAGGUAAACUCGGUGUGCCAGAUUUUUGGAUUAGUGCCAUAAGAAAAAUAGGAAACAUACAAUUUUUCAAUUAGUGCCAUACAAAAAAAAAUAGGAAAGAUAAAAUUUUCACACCUCACCUCUUGAUCUUGCAACACAGUUAACUGGAGCCAUUACAGAACAGCCAUAAUACCAAGGAAAUAGUGAUUUGAAAAUAUUUGAAAUAUACUCAUUACAAGUUCAUAUGGCCAACAAAUUUAAAUGAUAAAUGCUCACAAUGCAAGUUUAGUUUGAUCUCCAAAAUCCCUCAUUUUAAUUUAAUUUUUAAAAGGUUAAAAUUAGAGCUUUGAAUAUUUUUUGAUUAUUCAAAGUUUGUGAUCACAAAACAUUUUAGUAUAUUACUAAGUUUCAUAUUUGUGCAAGGUUAAUAAGUUUUUAAUUUUUUCUUAAUUGGUUUUACUGUAAAAAAUUAAGAUGCUAUAUAGCUCCUCAUUGCAGGUGAGCAUUACAUUCUAGAAACCUCAAAUAUUUUAUUACAGUUUUAUCUGUUCAUAUUCAACAAGGUAUAUACCAGGAUCUCAUUAUAUUAGAGGAAUGCAUUCAACUCAGUACUGACAUGAUGAGAACUUACAUAUAUUGAGUCUAUAAAUUUUUCAUAGGUUACAUGGCAUGGCAGCUUUGAAUCCCUUGUUAAAAUUAUCACUUCACAAUAACAGUUCACUAAGUAAUACGGGAAUAGAGUAAUGUUAUUUUACAACUGGAAAGAUUUAACAAGUAAAAACAAAUUAAAACUUGUACUCAUUCUAAGGUCACAGAUUGUAGGGGAGGAUCACAAUAUUAAUCAUGAUGCAGAGUUGAUGUAGACCCUCACCAAACAGAAGUGAGGAAGACGGAUGAAGUGUGGAGUGAGAUGGUGCAGGACAAGUGGAUGUGUAUGACGAGAUCCUGGUGUAUUUUUUCACGUAUGGUUGAGCUAAAUAAAAAUACAGCCAAAAUGCUAUAAGCUGUAUUGGUGAUAUAAAAAUUCUAUUAAACCAUCAGUUACUUGCACUUAUAUAGCAUGGAGUAUCAUAAAUCUAUGAUUAAUUUGAAUAUUUUUUAUUUGAAUAUCUUACACAGUCAAUCUUCCUUGUGCAAUGAAUAGUGCAAUGAGGUAAUUUAUUAGAGAAUUAAGUCCAAAACUGAGCCCCAUUCUGAAUUUUAAGAAGAAAACCACAUGGUACAAAUUUUAGCAGAUACAUGCACUAUCACGACUAAUUUUAGUUGGACAACACACAAUUAUGCACAACAUUAAUAAUCAUUUAUUAAUUUUCUCUUAUGGAAACGAUGCAACAACAAACUCAAGAUUUUGUGGAGAUUUUACUUAGACUAGACAUUUUUUGUUUCCUGCCAUAAAUCAUCCCUGGCACAACCACAAUAAAAUUCAAAGCAAUAAAUUAUGGAUUCAUAUCAGACUAUUGAAGGAAUCUGUGAUACUGUUCAUUAGAUGCCAUCUUGUUAUAAUGCAUUCUAAGAUACACACCAAAUGUUAAGAAGCAUUGUCAUUUUGUGACAUGUGACCAUUGUCAUUGCUAAGAAUUGUGUGAAUGACUAAUUUUUUUUUCUUUUCUUUUUAUGAUAUUACUAAAGUAAAUUUAAAUGUUUUAUACAAAUAAUUGGUUUCUGACUCAGAAUUUACUUGUAAUUAUAUAUUGGUAGCUACAACUGGAGAAUAACUACUAAAGUGUUCUGUAAUUUUGAUGAAGUUAGGAUGUGUUGCAUAUAUGUUUUACCAUGCUCAAAAUAUUAAAGCUAUGUAUGAAAAUAGAAGGUAAGAUUCAGUUAAGUGCUCUUGUUAUGAAUUUUGAGAACAAAUAGAAAACCCUGCCAAUACUCAAAUUAUCAUGACAAAUGAAAUUAAAGUAACAAGUUCAAAGUUGAAUUUUAGUAAAAAACUACAGAGGUCUAGCAGUUUGUGACAAUAUUUAAGUUAUAAGAAAAUACAUUGCAUACUGAUCUGUAUAAUAAAAUAGGAUUUAAUUAUCAUUACCAGUUUAUAAAACAAUUACAAAGUGGAUGAAGUAGUAAAAAAGAAAGCAAAUAUCCCAUGUCUCUCAAUGCAGACAUUUUCUUCUCAAUUUCAAGUAAUAAAACCUACAGUAAAAACAAACCUGCAAGGUCCUCAGGGACAUCAUGACCCAUCCUGUGCCACAUACUCAGGCAUUGUUCUUCCUAAAGAACAACAAGCAGCAAACAUGAUAUGCAGACAAAAAAAUGAACACACAAAAAUAAUUAUGAAAUCAUUCAUCCCUUUCUCUGAUUCACUUAAAAAAUUUGAUGCAAAUUUCAGAUUGACAAAACAGAUUAUAGGGAUACACAGAAAAAACAUACAUCUUGCACAAAGAUCUUCCAUCCUGCCAGAAUUGUGUAUAAGUGAUUAAAUAAACUUCCAAGAACAUGAAGUAAGAAGCACCAGUGUAAAGAGGUGGUGUAUUGGUGGCUGCAGCACUCUGCUCCUGAAACAUUGAUGAUGCUUACCAUGUUGCUAGCUUGAUGCUUUAAUUUCAUUUAGUUUAAAUACUGUGAAAAUCAUUGUCAUGUGUAUGAAGGUGGAGUAUUUACCUGGGAAAAUUCAAGCAAGUGUGCUUUUGGAAUGUAGUUGCUGUAUUGUCAGAUUAUAGCGAGUCACUGACAUUUGCUUGGACGCUGAUUGUACAUCUGAGUGAAUGGUGCCACCACAGCUGAAAAAUAGGUAGAUUAUAAAUAUAAGUGUCUGUAUUUGGAGAUAAAGUGACUAGUGGCCUUUCUUGUCACAGUAUCAUGGAAGAAAUGAAACCAUAAAAAUGAAAAUUUGUUCAAGGUUACAUCAUGGAAAUGUUCAGGUUAAUCAUCAGUGAAAUAUCAUACAGUUCAGCAAGCAAUAUAUAUCUAGAGGGAACUUAACUAACUGCACUACUGCCUUUCAAGGUGGCACCAAUUAUUCUGUUUACAACUAGAUUGUUAUUGGAGCCUCAGUGGCAAAAACAUGUUGGGCCUGGCAAGCCAAUUCACAUCAAAAACAACUUGUGGGAUGCAGUUUACAUCAUACAGUUGGAAUGAUUUCACAGGCACAUCUUGCAUGUCACUACGAACAGUAUCUUUUUAAAUGGUGCCAAUAUGCUUACCUUGUUUUGGUUUAUUUAGAAAUCCUGAAUCUUUUUGAUAGUUAUGAUAAUUUUAAGGCUUAUUUUUUUAUUUAUUUAUUUAUUUAUUAUUUUUUUGUAACUGUUAAUAUUAUCCUUAGUUUUAUUAUUAUUAUUAUUAUUAUUGUUUUUAUUAUUAUUAUUAUUACUAUUAUUAUUAUAUAUUUUUAAGUUUAGGUGAUGCUAACCAAUUGACUUCUGUUAUUUAUUUUUUUCUAUUUUAUUUUUUUCUCUCCAUAUUGUUUUCUUAAAUUUGUAUGGAGACAAUCCAUGGCACUCUCAUAUUACUGUUAGAACAUUUUAGCAUUAGAAUUUGUGUGUUUGUAUACUUAUAUAGCUCUAAGUUGCAAGUGUUUAUGAAGAUGCCAAAGAAUUUUUUCGAAGCACAAUAUGUAUAUCAUACUUGUAAUGUAUCAUAUCAUGGUUUGUAUGGUAAGAUACUGUGAUCAAAGGAAAUAAUUAUAAAGCUAGUAUUCUGUUUUUUGUUUGUUGUAAAUAAAUACAAACUAUUUGAUGAAGUUGUAAAAUAAAGUCUACUGUUUCUGGUCCUGUAGAAAUACAGAUAAGGGACUAUAAAUAUAACAUUUUGCUGAAUUAAAAGACAUGUAAUAUAUACUACAAUUGUUAGCAAAUGCAUAAUGUUUUUGGGCAUUAUCAAAUUGUUAGUGAAUGUUAAAUUAUGAUAGUAUUGUUGCUGGUCUCAUAGUUUAUUGUUAUCUUAAAACAAUAGAAGAUUUAUUUGCCUUAGCUGCAACUAUGGACACCAAUUUCACAUGAAUUUAUAUAACACAGAACAAAGUUAUAUAUAUAUAUAUAUAUAUAUAUAUAUAUAUAUAUAUAUAUAUAUAUAUAUAUAUAUAUAUAUAUAUAUAUAUAUAUAUGACUAGAUACCUCCUUAACUGUUGGGACUAUACAGCACAGCACAUAGCACAUCAAUCCAUCUCUGGUCUAUUUGUGCAAUUGCUGGAAGUUGUUUGUGAUGGAUAUAUAGAGUAUUAUGAAAACCCUCAAUAUCAAAAUAUUUAUUGAUCAUGCAUAGCCAUUUAUUUACUCUUUCCUUUCAUGUUUUUCAGUAGCAGUCUUUUCAUCACAUUAUUAUCUACAUUAACCUAAGUGUUCAUGAUAAAAACUUGCUGCAGAUUAUUACAGCAAUUCUUUUUGUCACAAAGAUCAUAAACUGUUAUUAUGUAUACAUAUUACUAAACUCUUAUCAUCAGGCUACUAUCUUGCCAACUAUGGACAUGGAGAUUUUUAAGUUAAUAGUUUUGUCACAUUGUAUAUAAUGAAAAGAGUAUGUGUGGAAGUAUGGAGUGAGUAGUAGUUUGUAGAAUAAAGUUUUGAACUAAACUAUGGCUGGAAAGCUGAAAACAAGCACAAAGUAUAUUAAUACAUUGUACAUUUCAUUUGUAGAUUGUACAAAGAAUAUUUAAAAUUUCAAAACUACAUUUCCAAUAAACUAAUUUAAAGUUUAA